CGGCCAUCGCGCGACUUGCUCCCGCUGUCAUUCUCGCUCUCGCUCUCUAAUCGGGCCUCCGUCUUGCGCCCUGUCGACGCUCUCAAGAGGUGCAAGAGGUGACUGUGUGCUCUGCCCUGAACCCACGAACAGAAGAUGUCUUCAUCCCUGGUCUGCGUUCCUCGUCUCGGCCUCGUCUCGUCUUGUCUCGUUUGUCUCUUGCCCUUGCUCGCCGCCGCUUGUUGCUCGCCCAGUCGGCGUCGUAAGGCGUGUGGCUGUGGGUGGUGGGCAAAGGGCGUAGAAUUGAAAACGAGCCUAAAACGGGGGUCGGCCGCCCGGCUGCGCCCCCCCUUCUUCACCGGGGCCUGCAUCGAAGCGAUCGUAAAUUGGCUGGCGCCGCCCGCUCGGGGCGUGAAGGCGUGGCUUGUCUUCUACGAACCUCCGUCCGUCCGUCGCGUGCAACCCUUGACCCACACGCUCGCACACCAAGCAACGCUCUCUACGGCUACGGUAUCGUCGACGUCGGUGCAGGCAGAGCGUGUCGAGAUGUCGUCCCUGAGACGAGGGCACUCCCUCUUCGCUCGCACGAUGCGAACACAUGCGGCAUUCUCAUUUCGAUCUUCAUUGUUUGAGCAAGGGCGGGCGGUCUGGCAUGAAAAAGCUUGACUUUAUGGUUCCUGCGUGCGAUCCGAUGCCGUGGUGAUUCGAGAGUGGCCGGGGGGAGAUGGACUCGACCGGCUUUGACGACGAUUCUCACGAGCUGACAUGAGAUUGAAGGUGGUUCCGAGCCGCGGCCGUACCUCACGAAAGCGCCCUCAUCGUCCUCUUAGUGUUGUGGAUGCCGCGUAUCGAUCGCUUUUGUAA